CGCCCCACCUGAGGACCUGCUGCUCCUCCCGGCCUGCACCUUCCCUCCGCCCUCCAGGCCCGCUGCCGGCUGGCAGAGCAGCCCCAGGUCUGUCCAGCCAUGGCUGUGAAGGUGCCCCUCUGGCACCACUACCUGCAGGCCAUCCGGUCUCGGGAGGUGUCCCGGGUGCAGGACUUCCAGCUUGCCGAGGACGUCCUGCUCACCGUGCUAGAGCGCGUGCACACCCUGGACCCCCGCUUCCUUGUGGACUACUCCCACCACCUCGAGGCCUUCCAGUUCGCCCUUCGCUCCUCAGAAGACCCGCUGGACAUGCAAGUGCCACUGCAGGUGGAUGCCAGUGCACUCCUGAUCGAGGAGCAGGGGCCCUCGGAGCUGGGGGAUGGCCCCAUGCUCUGCCGCCUGGGCAUCCCCUGGGGGGCGACUGGCCUGGAGUCCUGGAUGACUGGGGAUGUCUUCAGUGCCUCCUCAGAGGGUGGUACCAAGUGCUGUGGCUACAUAGAGCCCAGCAAGGUCCUGUGUGUCCUCAAGGACCUGCUGGUGGCCGCCAUUGUGCACUGCAAGCACCAUGGCCUCAUCGCACCAGGUUCGCUGAGUGCCACCAGCCUGCAGGAGGAACAGCUCCACCUGUCCCUGCUAGUGUCCAGUGGCUGGAGGAAGAUCCGCUUCAACAUUGUGCCCACACUGAGGAGGAAGUGCGGUGUGCCCGGCCUGGAUGGCACUUGGCUCACACCCGGGUUCCCUGAGGGCACCCUGCAGAGGGUUGUCAGCCAUGGGGUGGACUUGGUGCCUGCCGGUGCCCAGCACUGGAGGGCCUGCACAGGCUACCUGCUCACCCGGCUGCUUGGGGAACUGGGUGUCUUCCGGGGCCACCGCCUGGACAGCCUCUCCCUCCUCGACCGGGUCAACCAUGAGCACUGGAGGGACGGUGGCCGGCAACCUGGACUGAGCUUCAACCACCUAAAGACUGCACUGCUAUGGGCCUGUGCACUCUUCCCGGCACCUGAGGACUGGGCAGAGCUGCAGGGCGCUGUGUACAGAGUGCUGGUGGUGCUGCUCAGCUGCCUGGCCUCCAGGACACUGCCGCCCUUCCUCUACGUGGGGCGUGACCUGCUGCAGGGUGGUGGGCUGGACCUCAACGCCAUCUACCAGCAUGCAGAGGGCUUUGCCCGCCAGCCAGAGGCUGCCCUGCGCAUCCACGCCACCCACCUGGGACGCAGCGCCCCUCCACGCGUGGGCCACGGGAUCAAGGCGCUCCUGCAGCUGCCAGCCAGUGACCCUGCCUACUGGACCACCGCCUACUUCGAUGUUCUUUUAGACAAGUUCCAGGUCUUUACCAUUAAGGAUGAGAAUCGUGUUGCAGCCAUGCAGAGCAUCUUCCGGAAGACCCGGGUCCUGGACAGUGUGGAUGGCUGAGUGUGGAGGGUGGGCUUCUCCUGGACGUGGGCGAAUAGCUGGGCCUGGGGUGCCCUCAGGGGACCAUGGGGACGAUCUGAGUGUCCUGGGCAGUGGAAGCCUCAGGGGCAGUGGCCAUAGCUCCCAGCUGUGGGCUUCCCAGGAGCUGAGUGGCCCCCUGUGAGAUACUGGCAGGGAAACUGAGUCUUCGGGGACCAGCGCUCGCCUGGCCUGUGCAAGGCCGUUCCCUAGUGAUUAAAUGUUGGCUGUUGGCCCCUGAACAAGCUAACGUCUCCUGCACAAAGGGAGAGGCCCUGUGCUGUGUCUCC